GUUAGAUUAUAUUCAUAUAUACUUUAUUAUUGUUAAUCUUGUUAAGUUUCUAGUAAAUCCAAAUUCUAUAAAAUACGAUGGUAUAUAUGCCUAAGUGUGACACGUUUAAGUGUGAAGGUUAAUAUUUUUUCUUAAAAAUCCAUAGUUUGCAAUUUGCUUAGAGUCCUUCUAUAAAUACAUCAUCAUGGCCAAUGUAUUUUGAUCAUUAGAUAAGUUGCGUAGUUAUCCAAUAUUAAUUUACCUUCCUUCUACACAUCUAUAUAUAUCCCCCACAACUACAAUUAUAACAUUCUGCAAUCGUCUCAUCUAAUCAACCUCGACUAUACGACGUCGACGCCAUUGUUAUUUAGGAGUUUUUCUCGAGAAAAAAAUGAAGGAGAACGCAGGAAACCCUCUCCAUCUCACGUCACUGAACCAUGUAUCUCUCUUGUGCCGAUCCAUUGAAGAAUCCAUGGUUUUUUACCAAACGGUGUUAGGGUUCUUCCCUAUUCGAAGACCUGAGUCUUUAAAUUUUGAAGGCGCUUGGUUGUUUGGACAUGGAAUUGGAAUACAUCUCUUGCGUUCUUCAGAACCAGAGAAACUUCCCAAGAAAACCGAGAUCAAUCCCAAAGACAACCAUAUCUCUUUCCAGUGUGAGAGUAUGUCAGCAGUGGAGAAGAAGCUUGAGGAUAUGGAGAUAGAGUAUGUGAGGGCGAUAGUUGAAGAAGGAGGGAUCCAAGUGGAUCAGCUUUUCUUCCACGAUCCAGAUGGCUUCAUGAUUGAGAUAUGCAACUGUGAUAGUCUCCCCGUUGUCCCUCUCGUAGGAGGAAUGGCUCGGUCCUGCUCCAGAGUUAAACUUCAUCAGAUGGUGCAGCCACAACCUCAGACUCAGAUCCACCAAGUGGUCCACCCUUAACAAUUUCUGUUUUUGUUGUCAUUGUGUUUGUGUUUGUAUGUAUUGGUGUGCUUGUUUUGGAGUGUAAUGAAUAAGUGACCGACGUGAAUCAGUGAAUGUGAUUCCACUCGAGGAAAUGAUCAUUCUCCUUGCUCUUCUUACUA